AUGAAAGGCCCCAAGAGAAGGUGAUUGUAAAAAAAAAAUUCUUUUCUUUUUGUCGCAAAUCGUGAAUUUUAUAUUUCUUUCGGUAUAUCCAUCACUGCUAUCCGAGACGACGACGGACCUCCAUGGACGACGGAAUGUCAGAGGAGUUGGUGAUGAGUGAGGUUCACCUUGGCUGCCCACCUGGUAUUUCCGGGUCGUAUGUUUCCAGUUUCACCAUUUCCCUCCCUUUCGGUUCUGAUGAUUUAGAUACGGAAACCAGAAGGUAUAUCAGUGAUUCUGAAGGCUAUUCACCGCCAAGUAAGCAACUCAUUCGUUACGACGAAGAUGGAGAUCUUGUUUUACCCAGGCGCAUCAAUGUGGAAGAACCUUCAGUUCGUAGUUUUAAUGUGUCAAUCCAACACGAUAUUAUGUCAACGAUCCCAAGUGUUGGUUUGCAGGUGUGGAAAGCAGAACUAGUAUUAUCUGAUUUUGUCUUGCAUACAAUGCUUACUUCAUCUGAAUUUGAUGGAAUUGUUGCAAUAGAACUUGGAGCUGGAACAGGACUGGUUGGAAUAUUGCUUGCACGGGUUGCUAAAACAAUAUUUCUAACAGAUAAAGGUGAUCGUGUCCUUGACAACUGUGCCAAAAACAUUGGUCUUAAUUCUGGUGGGUUCAAUGCUGGAGUUGCAGUUCAUGUAAGGGAACUUGAUUGGACGGAACCUUGGCCUCCUAAGCAAACCCAAGGGGAAUGUCCCCCAAAAAAUAGGUAUUCCUGGGCCUUAUCAGAGGUUGAAGAAGCACAGAGAGCCUCCUUGCUUGUUGCUGCUGAUGUUAUCUAUAGUGACGACUUGACAGAUGCAUUUUUUAAUAUGUUGGAGAAGUUUAUGUCUCAAGGUUCAGAAAAGGUAUUGUACUUGGCUCUGGAAAAGCGCUAUAACUUCACAGUGGAUGACUUUGACAUUGUAGCAAAUGGCUAUUCUCAUUUCCUAAGUUACCUGAAACAUGAAGAGGAUGAUGCCAAAAACAGUAGAUUGGAGCACAGAUCAAAGCCAUAUUUUGUAGGCAAACGAAUUGAUCUCACAAGCACCCCGCAAUAUGUCCUCAACUAUGAAAGAGGAAAAGAUGUUGAAAUCUGGCAGAUUAAGUAUUGUAGGAAAGAGUCUUAAGAUCAGAGAAGGGUAGGAACAUCUGCUGUAGACGUCACAGUUAAUCAAGUCUGCCUUCACAACUCUGGUGAGUUUUCCAUUCAAACUACUGUGCAAUGUUAAAACAAUACCAAGAAAGUGUUUGGUAUCAGUUAUCACAGCACACGGAUUGGGGAUUUCUAUUUUUGCAGCCUUAUUCAGAAACAAUUCCAAUCUCAGUUCUGAUUCUAUAUGUUUUAUGAACCUUUUUUUACUUUUCCUUACAAAAUCUUCAUCAUAUUCUGCUCAAUCUAUUGGGAUGUUUUUUCCCCUGAAAAUAAAACCAGGAGUAUGGUAGAUUUGAAAGUACUCUUAUAAAGUUCUUAAGAAUAAUACUGGAUGUCUCUUUGAGGAUUGAUUUCCCCA